AUCUCGCAAUGCCGUGUCGUUCAUGUGAUAUUUUGUACUUGGUAUCUCGCGACGUAAUAUCGACGCUUUGGGCGGGAUAUAUCGCACAUCUUUUCAUUAGAACUCGAGGUAUCUCGUUCAUAAAAUUCAAUUCGUAAGGCACCGUGUUUGUGAACAUCGAAAAACGGGGACGCGAGUUAUUUCGUUCGAAUCGUCGCGAGAUAUUUCGUAGCGUAGAAUAGAAUAUUCUUUUCGAGAAUACAAAGCCUGAAUAUCAGUCUAGUGCGCACAUACUCGUCAAAUAUAUCGUUAAACAGUAUCGUUAAAAUUUGAUGUUCUUUUUACUUUGGAAGCAUAUCUCUAGUUCCGAUGGAGGCGUAAAGAAAAAGCGUCUAUUAGAUUCCAUAACAAGUACAGCCAACAGUGCAGACUGCCCAGGUGUAUGUGUACACACAUUUGCAACGUUAAUAUGUUACGAAGUUCUUGAAGAUGUAGAGUGCCCUGCUAGUAUGCGAUGUUGUAUCGAGGCACCUAUAAAUGGUACCGGAACUUCUGGAAGUGCUGCCCCUCCUCAUGACGAUGACUCUACUUCAACUAUUAUCACUACCGUUAAGACAACGACAACUACGAGCACGACAACACCUUCAACAACUACAGCACUUACAACCGUAUCUUCGACAACUUCCGUAAAAGCCACUUCUGAGAAUCAGAAAGAAGCAGCGAAUAAAACAUCAUCAAAAACGUGUUCAGGAAUUUGCAUGGCAGAGAGAAUUGCCGAUUACUGCGAUGCGGUUCUGGUAAUAGACACCCUUUGCAAGCCAGGAUAUAAAUGUUGCGUAUCCAGAGAUGCGUUUGGGGAUUCACCUCCGCCAGAACUACUAGUCAUUGACCGAACGAAUUCAAGUCGCAUCGAUGAAAAGACCGGUCUCAAUACAUCUUACAAAGGUUCUUCGCCUUUUACGACUGUAAGAUCAAAUAUGAUUACUUCUACGAGCGUAGCCAGCACUACGAUAGCAACGACUACUACGAUAGCGAAACAACCAACAACUACGACAAGACCAAAGAUUACGGUGAGAAAGCCGUGUAAAGGUGAAUGCGUUAGUGGCUUCUUCGCUCUUUUAUGCGAUAAAGUGGAUGGAGAAGCUGAAUGCCCUGAUGAUGGAUCUUGUUGCGUCAUCGACGCGUUCUUAAAAACUGAAACGACAACAACAACGACAGUUGGACCAACAACGAAACCGCCGGAACCAAAAUUACAACCAUGUCCCGGAUUUUGCUUGUUAACCAUUAUGGCAGCCUUCUGUGAACGGCCAAACGCAAUAAUAGCGAAGACUUCGACUUGUCAAUCCGGAUAUAUUUGUUGUGACAACACGAAAAGCUCGCCGCAGACACCAAGGCCAAGGCCAAGGCCCACGCCGAGACCAUCGAUUACCACAGUUUCUUUACCACGAGACACACGUGCAGAGUGUCCUGGAUCGUGUAUCGUUUCCUAUUUAUCAUUCACUUGUUUCAGAAACGCUGAACUGACGAAUUUGUUUAAAUGUAAGAAACAAGGGCAUCAAUGUUGCGCUCCAAAAUCAUUGAUACGAGAAAUCAACGGUGGAAAUUCUAGCGAAGCAAUUUUGACUAAUAGAAAUGACACCAUGUAUGUUACUUCAAGGCCAUACACAACACCAUUUACGACAGCUAUGUAUGAAACAACAACGAUGAUGACAACUAUGAGAAGCCCCGUGUACAGUAAAUACGUGUGUGGUGUAAAAGGAACCUCCCGUGGACCGAUUCAAGCACGUAGUCUUGAAAGAGGAGCACGAGUUGUCGGAGGGGAAGACGCAGAUGCCAAUGAAUGGUGUUGGCAGGUUGCCCUGAUUAAUUCCUUAAAUCAGUACCUCUGCGGUGGUGCACUCAUCGGCACGCAAUGGGUCUUGACAGCUGCACAUUGUGUAACAAAUAUUGUACGAUCUGGGGAUGCGAUUUAUGUAAGGGUAGGUGAUCACGAUUUGACGAGAAAAUACGGAAGUCCUGGUGCUCAAACUCUGCGAGUGGCAACCACUUACAUUCAUCAUAAUCAUAACAGUCAGACUCUUGAUAACGAUAUAGCGCUAUUAAAGCUUCAUGGACAAGCAGAGCUUAAGGAUGGUGUUUGCUUAGUAUGUUUACCUGCACGAGGGGUUAGUCAUACAGCUGGUAAACGAUGUACCGUCACUGGUUAUGGAUAUAUGGGAGAAGCUGGUCCUAUCCCGCUUCGAGUACGAGAAGCUGAGAUACCAAUUGUAAGCGACGCAGAAUGUAUACGUAAAGUGAAUGCCGUAACUGAAAAAAUUUUCAUUUUGCCAGCAAGUAGUUUUUGCGCUGGUGGCGAACAAGGAAACGAUGCAUGUCAGGGCGACGGUGGAGGUCCUUUAGUAUGUCAAGAUGACGGAUUCUACGAAUUAGCUGGACUGGUGUCAUGGGGUUUUGGUUGCGGAAGAUUGGAUGUUCCUGGAGUUUAUGUCAAAGUUUCGGCGUUCAUUGGUUGGAUCAACCAAAUUAUUUCCGUAAAUAAUCUUUAGCUUUUUUAUGUUCUAUUAAUAAAAGUUAAAGUAUUUAUUUAUUAAGGAAACAUUGUAGUACCUUUACGCGCUUGAUGACGUAACAUCAUUAUGUUACGUAUCCAGCAAAGAUAUCUAAGAAACAUCUUUUUAAAUAUUAUUUAAUUAUAUCAAUUAAAAUAUAUGAGAAGAAAGAAAAAUCUUUUUGACGCAUGAUAAGAAUGCAACAAUUCGUGCAAAGGAAUUUAACAUUGAAAAUGUUACGAUAAUCGUAUUAUGUUUAUAAAUAUCGUAAUACUUGAUAAUUACCUUUAAUAAUUAAAGGUAACUAAAAAUUUGUUUUAGCAAUAUGGUUUUAUAUAACUAAUGCAGUAAACUUCCGUUUAUCCAAUUUUUUGAAUAUUUGAAUCGCCACACUUCAAACAUUGAAUUAUUUUCGCCAAAGGUAAUAAAUACGUAUCUAUAAUUUCUUGUGAGCUUUAAAGUCAUAAAAUCUUGAUAAGUAAAAAUUACGUACUUUUAAAAUACCAAAAACAAAUGUAAUUCUUAAAACUUUAAUAUCAUGACAACAAGGUAUAAAUAAACAUUAUAUUUAUUAGUUAUAUAUAAUUAUAUAUAAAAUUUUGUAAAUUUUAAUAAAUCUUGUUCCUGUAAUUAUUCGAACAUAAUUUUAUGAUAUAGGAAAAACGAAAGUUUAUUGUAUCUAUCAAUUAAAUAGAAUCUUUUAGAAUUUAAAUUUUAAUGUCAUUGGUAAAAUAUAUAUAAUAAAUAAGUUUAAUCUAUGAUUUCCUUUUGGUAAUUGUGCCAUCAAGUGCGUCAAUUUUAGAUGAAAAAAUGCUGUCUUAAUAAAGAUUCUUAGAUAAUAAUGAAGAUUAUACAAUAAAUUAUAAAAUCAUUGGUAGACAUAAAUUUACUCGAAAAACAUUAAUUAAAAGAUUAUAUAAAAGUACAAAAUACUCUAAUUUUGUAAAAUACUAAAUAUAAUGUAAAAAUAUUAAACAUUAGUGUAUUAUUACAAUAAUACAUAUAUACGAUACGUAUGUUAAAUAUUAAUAAGAUACAUAAAACAGAUUUGAUUAUUGUAAUAAUUAUAACAACCUUCAGACAUUUCUUAUGAAUUUUGUCGAGUAUAGUUAGAGUGAUUAAAUAUAAAUCUUUUUACUAUCGCGCAUAAUAUAUGUCUGCAUAUGAUAUGCGUAAAACUACAUAUAUCAUUUUGUCAGUUGCUUGUCACUUAUUUUAAACGUUAGACAAAAUGUUAAUAAAAAGAUAAAACUUA